GGGGGUCCCGGCCGGGCAGCGGCGACCGCGGGCCCAGCGCACAUGUGCGGCCGCCCGGCACAUGCUCACUGAGCGCGGCGCAUGAGCAGAGGCGGCGCGGGGCCAUCGGACAUCUUGGGCCGCCCCGCACGGAGCGGGCAGCGCCGCCGGUCCCGGGGCGGGAGCAGCCGCCGCCCCCGCGCCGCCCGGCCCGCCCGCCCUGGCGCCGGCUGCCUGCCCCUCCCGCGCUUCCCCCGGGCUGCUCUGAGCAUCCCUCCGCCCCUCUUGCAUUUGUCUUAAUUCUUCUCAGAGACAAGAUGGCAACGCCGGCGGCGGUAAACCCUCCCGAAAUGGCCUCAGAUAUUCCUGGCUCGGUGGCCUUGCCCGUGGCUCCCAUGGCGAGUGGACAAGUGAGGAUGGCAGGAUCCAUGCCUUCCAGAGGAGGAAAGCGUCGCUCUGGAAUGGACUUUGAUGAUGAAGAUGGGGAAGGGCCCAGCAAAUUUUCAAGGUAUGAUGGUGAUCAAAUCACUGGUGAUAAGGAAAAGUUUGCAAGGGAGAAUCACAGUGAGAUUGAGAGGCGCAGGAGGAACAAGAUGACCCAGUACAUCACGGAGCUGUCGGACAUGGUGCCCACGUGCAGCGCCCUGGCUCGCAAGCCCGACAAGCUGACCAUCCUUCGCAUGGCUGUUUCCCACAUGAAAUCCAUGAGGGGCACUGGAAACAAAUCUACUGAUGGAGCUUACAAGCCUUCCUUUCUUACAGAACAGGAACUGAAACACCUUAUCCUGGAGGCUGCAGAUGGGUUCCUGUUUGUGGUUGCAGCUGAGACGGGCAGAGUGAUCUACGUGUCGGACUCGGUGACUCCCGUGCUGAACCAGCCGCAGUCGGAGUGGUUUGGCAGCACUUUGUACGAGCAGGUUCACCCAGACGAUGUGGAAAAGCUGCGGGAGCAACUGUGUACAUCUGAAAACUCCAUGACAGGACGAAUCCUGGACUUGAAGACAGGGACAGUAAAGAAGGAAGGCCAGCAGUCCUCCAUGAGAAUGUGCAUGGGAUCCAGGCGCUCCUUCAUUUGCAGGAUGAGGUGUGGAAAUGCUCCUCUGGAUCAUUUACCUCUGAACAGAAUAACCACCAUGAGGAAAAGAUACAGGAAUGGCCUGGGCCCGGUGAAAGAAGGUGAAGCACAAUAUGCUGUUGUCCAUUGCACUGGCUAUAUCAAGGCUUGGCCACCAGCAGGAAUGACCAUACCAGAAGAAGAUGCUGAUGUGGGACAAGGUAGUAAAUACUGCCUCGUGGCAAUAGGAAGGCUUCAGGUGACCAGCUCUCCUGUGUGCAUGGACAUGAACGGCAUGUCGGUCCCCACGGAGUUCCUGUCCCGGCACAACUCCGAUGGAGUCAUCACCUUUGUGGACCCAAGGUGCAUCAGUGUCAUUGGCUACCAGCCCCAGGAUCUUCUGGGGAAAGAUAUUUUAGAAUUCUGCCAUCCUGAAGACCAAAGCCAUUUGAGAGAGAGCUUCCAACAGGUGGUGAAGCUGAAGGGUCAGGUGCUGUCUGUGAUGUAUCGGUUCCGCACCAAGAACCGGGAGUGGAUGCUGAUCAGAACCAGCAGCUUCACCUUUCAGAACCCUUACUCUGACGAGAUUGAAUACAUCAUCUGCACCAACACUAAUGUCAAACAACUUCAGCAGCAGCAAGCAGAACUCGAAGUACAUCAAAGAGAUGGGCUGUCAUCCUAUGACUUAUCUCAGGUGCCUGUUCCAAGUAUACCAGCUAAUGUUCAUGAGGGUGGAAAGUCUGUGGAAAAGCCUGAUGCUAUCUUCUCCCAAGAGAGAGAUCCUAGAUUUGCUGAGAUGUUUGCUGGAAUAACUGCUUCAGAUAAAAAAAUGAUGGCCUCUGCAUCCACAGCAGGGAACCAGCAGCUUUACUCCCAGGGAAGCCCAUUUCAGCCAGGACACUCGGGAAAGACUUUCAGUUCAUCUGUGGUGCACGUGCCUGGUGUCAACGACAUCCAGUCCUCCUCCUCAACGGGGCAGAACCUGACGCAGAUAUCGCGGCAGCUCAACCAGGGCCAGGUGGCCUGGACGGGAAACCGCCCACCCUUUCCAGGACAGCAAAUUCCAUCUCAGUCUGGCAAGGCUCAGUCAUCUCCCUUUGGCAUUGGAACAAGUCAUACCUACCCAGCUGACCCAUCAUCCUACAGCCCCCUGUCCAGCCCAGCCACCUCUUCUCCAAGUGGGAAUGCCUACUCCAGCUUGGCAAACCGAGGGGCAGGCUUUGCUGAAGGCGGCCAGAGCAGCGGGCAGUUCCAGGGCAGACCGUCCGAGGUGUGGUCGCAGUGGCAGAGCCAGCACCACAACCAGCAGAGCAGCGACCAGCACUCCCACCCACAGCCCAACCAGACCGAGGUGUUCCAGGACAUGCUGCCGAUGCCUGGGGAUCCCACACAGGGUACUGGCAAUUACAACAUUGAAGAUUUUGCUGACCUGGGCAUGUUUCCACCAUUUUCUGAGUAGCUUGCGAAGCAGAAAUGGAAGUUCUUCUUCUCCAAGGCCAUUUCAGUGUAAUUUUGGCGCUGCUUUUUCUGUGUUGCAUUUCUGUAGAAGCUACUAAACCAGAAGACACAUUUCUCACGUUUCAAAUAGUGGUGUAGGGCUUGCUCUCUCCUCCUUGGGGUGCACCAGUGCCAACAGAGGAGCUCCAGCACUUGUUAGUGUUCAUUGACAGCUCCAUUUUUUUUUUUUUAUUGUCAUCUACCUCAGAGAUAAAAAUUUUGCUUGUUUUUAAAAAGAAAAAUCUCUGAGUCUCAAAUAUUUGAAUGUGAAUGAUGCAUAAUAUUUCCUUUGAAUGGUAAUUUUUCAAUAGAUAACAAAGUAACAAAGACUAACAGAGAAAAGGUAAGGUCAUGUCUCGUUACAGUGCCUACCGCUCAAUUUCGAUGCCUUGCUUUAAGCUUAAGUUUUUUGAAGCAGACACAAUAUUCUGUUUUCUUUGGUUCUUGUAGGUUUUAGGUCACUUUAAAUGUUGAGAUUAAGCAACAUAAUGUAGGCCUCUCUCUACCAGAAGAUUCAGCUCUGCCUUUUCUAACUUAAACUUGAAUGUGUGUACAUUUUGGUACUUUAUGUAUAUCUUGUGCUGUAUGAAGUGAUUUCCUGUACUGGUUUCUUUUGCCUUUACAAAGGGUCCAUUCUGGAGUGUACUGGAAAGGUUGAUGAUGUAUGUGAAGGGUUUGAAUAUCGUGGGAGUCUCCAUCACUUCACAUAGGUGUUCUUACUUUUAAUUCAGGUGGUUCUCUAUUCAGAACAAACAUUUACUUACAUAAGCUAUUAGUCUGGUUUUGCACUGAAUUGAGGCCUAUAACCUUGUACAUUUCUCACUGGCUGCUUUAAUUAUUAUUGUUCUUGCUUUCCCAAAAAUAUUGCCUCUUAAAAGAUGACUGUAAACACAUUGAGAUUGCAUUUUCUAUAUUAGCUGCAUUUCCUUUCUGUGAAGUAGUUUUUAUACUGUGAAACCUCACAUUUUAACAGUGGAAGGUGGUGGCCUGUUACUAGGAAAUCGUUCAAACUCAUUUGCUGCAAGCAGUGAGAUGGUUUUGUAGUGUAUAAUUUUUUUAAAGUGAGUUGGUAAUAGAUAUUGAUUGGACUAUUGUCCACUGCAUACACAGUGAUAACUUGAAUUUUUGCUUGGAUUCCCAAGCAAAUGCUUCUGUUAACCCUGUUCUGUUAAAAAUGGGAUUUUCAGCAUACCAGGUUUGUUGAGGACUCUUGACUGCUCUGAAUGCUGUAUGCUUUUCCAGAGAGGUAAGUUAAUCACCUUCCUCUUGGGCGAGUCACCUGCCAUGUAUCUUCAUGAGAGAUGUGGUAGGAAUCUUUUUGUUCAGUAUUUCAUGUGCAUGAUGAGUUACAGAGGUUGGAUUGUAAGGAUUUUAUGCUGAUCAUUUCUUCUGGGAUGGGUGCACACAGAAUCACUCACAAAGCCCCAAGUUCCUGCAUGCAGGUUGCUCAUAACCUCUGAGGUUGGGUGCAGAGGAGGAAGGAGCAGCUUCCCUGAGCUUUUGGACAUUCAGGGGCCAUCAAGGACCUGGGAAGAGCAGCCCCAGAUCCAGAAGAUCUCAGUGUGUGCAGCCAUUCUUAGACUUCACAGGAUUGAGCUCUGCCUUCCCAUAGCCCCUCUCGAAUUCUGGGGUGUGUCUGAGUGGGGACAGGGUGCUCAUCAGCACAGUCCAUAUUUCGGGGUGAGGUCCUGGGGGGCAGGCAGGCCCUGCUCUGGCCAGGCAGGGUUCAGGUGAGCCUGGCCUGGGACAGGGCUGGCACUGCUGUGGCUGUCCCAGCCUCUCCCAGAUCAGCAUGUCGUGUUCAGUAGCCAGGAAGAGUCCUCCUUUCUAUUUCUCUCACUAAAUCUGGGACCAAUCUCUUACCCCAUGUGCAAGUGGGGCUAGGGAGUCUUUUUUUUUUUUUAGGACAGUUUUGUAUACCUCUAGAUGAGGUACUGGAGAGGCCUCAGAUCUCCUGGUCUGCACUUGCCUCGCCAAAUCACACUGAGAACAAACAAAAAUCUUCCUAUCUCUUCUCCCCCAGAGAUCUGGAAAAUACCAUCUUAGGUGAGCAAGCCAUGUGCUUAUGCACUUUGCUUUUAAAUACAUGGAUGUUUAUUCUCUUGGAGCCCUUUCCCCUCAUGCUGCUCAAAUGAAUGAGUGCUCAUGGAAUUGGAGAGGCAAAGGAAUUUCUGCUGUGAAGUUCACUGGUGUCUCUAACAGGUGUCUGGGUGCUGCACCAGUAAUGAGGUGCUCAUUUUCUGUGCAGGGUUUUGAAAGGGGCUGCUUAUGAGGGAAGGAGCAGUAGGUGAGCAGUUUGUGUCUCUCCACAGAAGAUGCUUGACAUGAUAAAUGUCAGUUCUUCUGAAAUUUUUAUAAAUUUUUCCAUAAAGUGAAUAAUGAAUUCAGCUAAAAAGUGCUGUUCCUGUGUUUUAUUUUACCCACCAAACUGCUCUGAGUAUAUUUAUAGUUUAUUUUACUUCCUGAAUUCAAUUUAAAAAUAAGGUUUUAAAAGUCAUUUUCUUUCUCCUGGCAUCAGCAAUGAUAACUUCCUCAGUGUGCUGUGGGUUUUUUACUACUGAAGAAGGCUUCCCAUGUACAGAUUUUGGUUGUGCAGUUCAAAGUGCACUGUUAGAUGAAAUUUAAGCACAUCUCUCUUGUUUUUUUGAAGUCAGUAUGCCUGAGGGAUCAGAGCAUGGACUGCUCCUCACCUUGUGGGCUCCUUCCUGGUUGGGGAAGGUGAUGGCUGCUCUGUCCAGCCAGGGCAGUGUGGGCAGUGCCAGCUUUGGGUUUUCCCUGUCAGCUGUUUCUGUUGUGCCAUCCUGAGCCAGCUCUUUACUCUUGGCAUUUCCACCCUUGCCCUGCUCCUCUGCCAUUCCUGGCCCCCCAUCUCCCCCAGCCCAGGUGGGAGGUGUUGGGCUGCCAUUCCCAGCCACGAGGAGGGAGCAAUCCUUGAGUUUGGCAACUUGGUGCUUCUGAGGCAGAACUGCUGCAGGAGAGGCUUUGCUGCAGGAGAGGCUUUGCUGCAGGAGAGGCUCUGCCCUGCCCCUCUGUGUCCUGCCUGCUCCUCCCCAAGAGCCCCCAGGUGCUGUGGCUGACAGAGCUGUGUAGCCUUGGCUGUGCUGUAUCUUGUGUUUCCUUACUUAGCUUACCCUGUAGCUGCAGUUAUAAGGUGCAUUGGGAAUGCUGAUGUUUUUAUUACAUGCUCUCAGUGUAGCUUUGUUGGCACUUUGGCUUCCAAUUUCCAGAAUUUCAUAGGUGGUGGAUUUCUCAUUCCUUUUGUGGAUUUUUUUCUAAGCUGGAAAUAAAGCUGUGAUUUCUGAUUGAACUGUUGCAAACACAGUGUUUCUUGAAACUGAAUUUUCUGGAUUUUAAACUCAUGGAGCAGGAAACUGCAAAUAGUGAUGGUCUGGGUGAGUUAUUUCAAGGAGCAGACAUGUAGACUUGAGACAGUUUUAGAUACUAAAAUAUUUAUAUUCAUUUAUUCAAAACAAUCCAAGACUCCAUCACAUUACUUGUACAAGUGCUACUGGCAGUACCUACAGUGAUGCUUUAACCAGAUAGUUCCAUUUGUAGCUUUGUUGCCUUUUCUUUUCUUUUGAAGUACAGUAUGAAACUGUAAAUACUUCUUGCAGAACUGCCUUUUUAACUCUUAAUUACUUUUGGCACAGUGUUAAAUAGUGUUGGAUUUACCCAAUUGCUAUGACAUAUAUUUUUAUACAUAGGUGUACUCUUUUUUCAAGAAUAAUACAGCCAUUUUGUCAUUAAUGCCUUAUUGGUGUCAUACUGCUGUUGCUCUUUGUUUGCAAGGUAUCGAGUGGACUAAUUUCUAGUUCAGAUAUUUUCACUUUUCCUGGCAGUGCUCAAGUUUGGCUUCAGGUGAUUUUUGUCAGAGCCCCAUUUUUCACAGUUGUUAACUGUGAGAAGAAGAGAAUGUGGGCUUGGGCUUGUUGCUGAUAAUGGAGCAAAGAAAAGGUGAUGGCAUCUAAUUGUCUUUAAAAGGUCAGACUUCUCCUACUCUAAACCAGAGUGCAUUUCAUGAAACUGAUUACUGUGGGCACUGAUUACUUUGUGUAGAUUAAUGGUCUUUUAAAAAGAAAGGAAAAGGAAAAAAAAAAAGGAAACAACUCCAAAAAUGAGCUUCUGUCAUUGUUAGGCACUUGGUUACGUAUCUGUUUAAACUCUUCAUAUUGAUGUGAAAUUGUGCUGUGGAUAAAGUGUAUUUUGUACUUCUGAAUGUUCUAUAUUUAUGACUAACAAGUACAGAAUCAGUUGUGUGUAUGUAUAACUAAUAACUGCCUUUUUAAAUUUCAUUAAAAUAAAAAUGUCAUGAGCUGUUGUUAA